UGCCAGUCUGCGCGCCAUGGCAGCGGAGGCAGCAUCCCCGCCAGCAUCCCCGCCAGCGGCGGCGGCAGUGGCGUCCACGGCCGCCGCGGAUGCUAUUGUUCCCUAGUGUUAGUUUCUCUUUGGCUGCUUUUCAUCUGGAGCGAACAAUAGCAGCUGAGAGAGCUUUGCAUUCUCUUCUCGUGGUGAAGGAAGGACGGUCCCCCGCGAGAGUACUGAGGCUCCGGAGGCUGGAGCGGCUGCGGACAGCAUGGGGCUGCUGCGAGCCGGGCGCCUGGCGUCCCCGAGCCGGGGCGUCCUGCAGCUGCUGUGGCUGCCGCUGCUCUUGCUGCUCCUGCUGAGCUCUGGCGCCUGCCGGGCUGCUGCUCAGGGAGACACCGAGGUGCCCACCCUCUAUCUGUGGAAGACCGGUCCCUGGGGACGGUGCAUGGGAGAUGACUGUGGACCAGGCGGCAUCCAGACCCGGGCUGUGUGGUGUGCUCAUGUGGAAGGUUGGACAACAUUGCAUACGAACUGCAAGCAGGCUGGAAGACCCAGCAACCAGCAAAACUGCUUCAAAGUGUGUGACUGGCACAAAGAGUUGUACGACUGGAGACUGGGACCCUGGAAUCAGUGUCAGCCUGUGAAUUCCAAAAGCCUGGAGAAAGCUCGAGAAUGUGUGAAGGGAGAGGAAGGCAUCCAGGUGAGAGAGAUAACCUGCAUCCAGAAGGAUAAGGACAUUCCCGCAGAGGAUAUCAUCUGCGAGUACUUUGAGCCCAAGCCCCUCCUGGAACAAGCAUGCCUCAUCCCGUGCCAGCAAGACUGUAUCGUGUCUGAGUUCUCGGCCUGGUCAGAGUGCUCCAAGACAUGUGGCAGCGGCCUUCAGCACCGCACUAGACAUGUGGUUGCACCGCCACAAUUUGGAGGCUCUGGCUGUCCCAACCUCACCGAGUUCCAAGUGUGCCAGUCCAAUCCCUGCGAGGCAGAGGCGAGCAUGUACAGCUUGCAGGUGGGGCCCUGGAGUGCAUGCUCAGUGCCACACUCAAGGCAAGCCAGACAAGUCAGGCGUCGUGGCAAGAACAAAGAGCGGGAGAGGGACAGAGGCAAGGCAGUGAAGGACCCAGAGGCCCGUGAGCUCAUCAAGAAGAAGAGAAACAGAAACAGACAAAACAGACAGGAGAACAGAUAUUGGGACAUCCAGAUUGGGUAUCAGACCAGGGAUGUGACGUGCACGAACAAGACUGGGAAAGCGGCGGAUCUCAGCUUUUGCCAACAAGAGAAACUGCCCAUGACCUUCCAGUCCUGUGUGAUCAACAAAGAGUGCCAAGUGUCCGAGUGGUCGGAAUGGAGCCCAUGUUCGAAAACAUGCCAUGAUGCCACAUCCCCCACCGGCACUCGUGUAAGGACAAGGACCAUCAGGCAGUUCCCAAUUGGAAGUGAAAAUGAAUGUCCAGAACUUGAGGAGAAAGAACCCUGUUCAUCUCAGGGAGACAGAGCUGUCCUCUGUGCUACAUAUGGCUGGAGAACUACAGAGUGGACAGAGUGCCACGUGGACCCUUUGCUCAGUCAGCAGGACAAGAGGCGUGCCAAUCAGACAGCCCUCUGUGGAGGUGGUGUCCAGACUCGGGAGGUAUACUGCACACAAACCAAUGACAACCAGCUCUCCCACUUAAGUACACAAAAGGACAAAGAAGCUUCAAAACCAGUGGACUCAAAAUUAUGCAGUGGUCCUGUUCCUAACACUACACAGUUGUGCCACAUUCCUUGUCCAGUUGAAUGUGAGGUUUCGCCUUGGUCUGCCUGGGGACCUUGUACUUAUGAAAAUUGUAAUGACCAACAAGGAAGAAAAGGAUUCAAACUAAGGAAGCGGCACAUUACUAAUGAGCCUACUGGAGGGUCUGGGGCAACUGGAAACUGUCCUCACUUGCUGGAAGCUAUUCCCUGUGAAGAGCCAUCCUGCUAUGACUGGAAAGCAGUGAGACUCGGAGACUGUGAACCAGAUAAUGGAAAAGACUGUGGGCCUGGCACUCAAGUUCAAGAGGUUGUGUGCAUCAACAGUGAUGGAGAGGAAGUGAACAGACAGCUAUGCAGAGAUGCGAUCUUUCCCAUUCCUGUGGCCUGUGAUGCUCCCUGCCCUAAGGACUGCGUGUUAAGUGCAUGGUCCUCAUGGUCCUCCUGUUCACACACCUGCUCUGGGAAAACCACAGAAGGGAAACAGAUCCGAGCUCGUUCCAUUCUGGCCUAUGCAGGUGAAGAAGGUGGAAUCCGCUGCCCCAACAGCAGUGCUCUGCAGGAGGUGCGCAGCUGCAAUGAACAUCCUUGCACUGUGUACCACUGGCAAACUGGUCCCUGGGGUCAGUGUAUAGAGGACACAUCAGUAUCAUCCUUCAAUACGACUACAACAUGGAAUGGGGAAUCUUCAUGUUCUGUGGGCAUGCAGACACGGAAAGUCAUCUGUGUGCGAGUCAACGUGGGCCAAGUGGGACCCAAGAAGUGUCCUGAAAGCCUUCGGCCUGAAACAGUGAGACCUUGCUUGCUUCCUUGUAGGAAGGAUUGUAUUGUGACUUCAUACAGUGACUGGACACCAUGUCCCUCUUCCUGCAAAGAAGGGGACUCUGGACCCAGGAAGCAGUCUCGACAUCGCGUCAUCAUUCAGCUACCAGCCAAUGGAGGCCGGGACUGCUCAGACCAAUUAUAUGAAGAGAAGGCCUGCGAGGUCCCUCCCAUGUGCCACAGCUACAGGUGGAAGACACACAAAUGGCGCAGGUGCCAGUUAGUUCCUUGGAGCAUUCAACAGGAUGUCCCUGGAGCUCAGGAAGGCUGCGGGCCUGGACGGCAGGCAAGAGCCAUUACUUGUCGAAAGCAAGAUGGAGGGCAGGCUAGCAUCCAGGAGUGCUUCCAGUAUGCAGGCCCUGUGCCAGCCCUGACCCAAGCUUGCCAGAUCCCCUGCCAAGAUGACUGUCAAUUUACCAGCUGGUCCAAGUUUUCUUCAUGCAAUGGAGACUGUGGUGCAGUUAGAACCAGAAAGCGUGCAAUUGUUGGAAAAAGUAAAAAGAAGGAAAAAUGUAAAAACUCCCAUUUAUACCCUCUGAUUGAGACUCAGUAUUGUCCUUGUGACAAAUACAACGCACAGCCUGUGGGAAACUGGUCAGACUGUAUUUUACCAGAAGGGAAGGCUGAAAUGCUGUUGGGAAUGAAGGUACAAGGAGACAGCAAGGAAUGUGGACAAGGAUACCGUUACCAAGCAAUGGCGUGCUACGACCAAAAUGGCAGACUCGUUGAAACAUCGCGAUGCAACAGCCAUGGUUACAUAGAAGAAGCCUGCAUCAUCCCCUGCCCCUCAGACUGCAAGCUCAGUGAGUGGUCCAACUGGUCUCGCUGCAGCAAGUCCUGUGGCAGCGGCGUGAAGGUCCGGUCCAAGUGGCUGAGAGAAAAGCCAUAUAAUGGAGGCAGACCUUGCCCCAAACUGGACCAUGUCAACCAGGCACAGGUGUAUGAAGUCGUACCAUGCCACAGUGACUGCAACCAGUACAUAUGGGUCACAGAGCCAUGGAGUGUCUGCAAGGUGACCUUUGUGAACAUGCGAGAUAACUGUGGAGAAGGUGUGCAGACCCGUAAAGUGAGAUGCAUGCAGAAUACAGCAGAUGGCCCUUCUGAACAUGUGGAGGAUUACCUAUGCGACCCAGAAGAUAUGCCCCUGGGCUCUAGAGAGUGUAAACUACCGUGCCCUGAGGAUUGUGUGAUAUCUGAGUGGGGACCAUGGACCCAAUGUGCUUUGCCUUGCAACCCAAGUGGUUCCCGGCAAAGGUCAGCUGAACCCAUCAGACAGCCUGCUGAUGAAGGAAGAGCCUGCCCCAAUGCUGUGGAGGAAGAACCCUGUAAUCUGAACAAAAACUGCUACCACUAUGACUACAAUGUCACAGACUGGAGCACGUGUCAGCUGAGUGAGAAGGCAGUUUGUGGAAAUGGCAUUAAAACAAGGAUGUUGGACUGUGUUCGAAGUGAUGGCAAGUCCGUUGACCUGAAAUAUUGUGAAGAGCUUGGCCUGGAGAAGAACUGGCAGAUGAACAUGUCCUGCAUGGUGGAAUGCCCCUUGAACUGUCAGCUUUCAGAGUGGUCUUCUUGGUCGGAAUGCUCUCAAACAUGCGGACUCACAGGAAAAAUGAUUCGGAGACGAACAGUGACCCAGCCCUUUCAAGGCGAUGGGAGACCCUGCCCUUCCCUGAUGGAGCAGUCCAAGCCUUGCCCAGUGAAGCCAUGCUAUCGUUGGCAGUAUGGCCAGUGGUCUCCAUGCCAAGUUCAGGAAGCCCAGUGCGGAGAAGGAACCAGGACACGGAACAUUUCUUGUGUAGUGAGUGAUGGCUCACCUGAUGAUUUCAGCAAAGUGGUGGAUGAAGAGUUCUGCACUGACAUUGAGCUUAUCGUAGAUGGUAAUAAACAGAUAGUUCUGGAGGAAACCUGCACCCAACCCUGCCCAGGUGACUGCUAUUUGAAUGAGUGGUCCUCAUGGAGUCUUUGUCAGCUGACCUGUGUGAAUGGUGAGGAUCUUGGCUUUGGUGGAAUCCAAGUUCGAUCGAGAGCAGUGAUUAUACAGGAACUGGAGAAUCAACAUCUGUGCCCAGAGCAGAUGUUAGAAACAAUGUCAUGUGAUGAUGGACAGUGCUACGAGUAUAAGUGGAUGGCAAGUGCUUGGAAGGGCUCCUCUCGAACAGUCUGGUGUCAAAGGUCAGAUGGUGUGAAUGUAACAGGGGGCUGCUUGGUAGUGAGCCAGCCUGAUGCUGACAGGUCUUGUAACCCACCGUGUAAUCAACCCCACUCAUACUGUAGUGAGAUGAAGGCAUGUCGCUGUGAAGAAGGGUACACUGAAGUCAUGUCUUCCAACAGCACCCUUGAGCAAUGUACACUUAUCCCAGUGGUGGUGAUUCCCACUGUGGAGGACAAAAGAGGAGAUGUGAAAACCAGUCGGGCAGUUCACCCAACCCAACCCUCCACUAACCCAGCAGGACGGGGCAGGACCUGGUUUCUACAGCCAUUUGGGCCAGAUGGAAGACUAAAGACCUGGGUUUAUGGUGUCGCUGCAGGGGCAUUUGUACUGUUAGUCUUCAUUGUUUCCAUGAUUUAUCUAGCUUGCAAGAAGCCAAAGAAACCUCAAAGACGGCAAAACAACCGUCUCAAACCUUUAACCUUAGCAUAUGAUGGAGACGCUGAUAUGUAACAUUGACUAUUCCUGGAAACAACCAGACAUGGCCUUUUGCCGUUGUUGUAGACACCCAGGGGCCACAGUGCCAGUAUUCAAAUGUGUGAAAUAUAAUUAACUUAAA